AUGGAGGAUUCCUUCAGCACCUCAGCUCAGCCUCUGGCGCCUAACCUCUCCGUAGCCAUCCUGCAGAGCAGGGAUCUUAACCUGACUUUGGGGCAGGAGGCCUCUGUCCCAGGACCGCAGCCGCCGCCACACGGGCCACCCAACCACCCGAUCCACCUGGUCUUCAUGGGAAUCAUCCUGGUGGCCGCGGUGGCGGGCAACACCACCGUGCUGUGUCGCCUGUGCGGCGGCAGCAGCCGGCUCUGGCCGGGUCCCAAGCGUCGCAAGAUGGACUUCCUGCUGGUGCAGCUGGCAGCGGCCGACUUGUACGCGUGCGGGGGCACUGCGCUGUCGCAGCUGGCUUGGGAACUGUUGGGCGACCCGCGUCCUGCUCUGGGCGACCUGGCGUGCCGCUUCUCGCAGCUGCUUCAGGCAUCUGGGCGGGGCGCCUCAGCCCACCUGGUGGCGCUCAUCGCCCUCGAGCGCCAGCUCGCCGUGCGCCGUCCGCAGGGUCCGCAGCUGCCCGCGCGCGCCCUGGCUGCCCUGGGCUGGCUGCUGGCGCUGCUGCUGGCACUGCCGCCGACUUUUGUGGUGCGCUGGGGCGCUCCCCAACCUCGGGCCGCCAGCGCCUGGCCGGGGGAGCAUCGCUGCUGUGGCAUCUUCGCGCCUCUGCCGCGCUGGCAUCUGCAGGUCUACGCUCUCUACGAAGCUGUCGUGGGCUUCGCGGCGCCGGUUGCUAUCAUGGGUGUCUCUUGCGGCCAUCUGCUGUGUGCAUGGUGGCAGCGCGGGUCUCAGGCUUCGGUGGCUGGGGCACGCUGGUCCGCCAGUCCGGCCCGAGCCCCCUUGCCCAGUGCGCUGCCCCGCGCCAAGGUGCAGAGCCUGAAAAUGAGUCUGUCGUUGGCGCUGCUCUUCGUGGGCUGCGAGCUGCCCUACUUCGCCUCCCGCUUGGCCGCCGCCUGGUCGUCGGGGCCUGCGGGUGACUGGGAGGUAGAGGGCCUAGCGGUGGCGAUGCGCGUCGUGGAGGUGGCCAAUAGCGCCCUCAACCCUUUCGUCUACCUCUUCUUCCAGGCGGGCGACUGCGGGCUCUGGCGGCGGCUACAGAGGCGCCUGGGAGUUGUGUGCUGCGUGCGGGAGGGAGAAGCCGAGAUCAACGAGGGGGCUGGGGACCACCAGGCACUCCACCGCCACCGCUGGCCCCACCCCCACUAUCACCACGCCCGGAGGGAGGAGCGGGACGAGGGCUGCUGCAAGCGUCCACCCCCGCCGCGCCCCAGACUGCCGGCCUGCUCCUGCGAAAGUGCCUUCUAGGAACUGCUGCACAGACAGGUUUGUCACUGUGCCACAGCCUCCAGGCAACACCGGGAAGGUCUUAGGAGUCUGCCUAAAUCACCGAGUGGAACCUCUGAAGCCGUCUGCUCUCUCCAUGCCGUUGUAUUUUCUUCUAAGGAGGACAAGUCUUUCACUUCCCUUUUGUUUUCUUCUCUCCAGUUCCUUUCAUAUUUGCCCAUUUGGAGGAGACCAAACUUGAAAAGUUGUAAAAAUCAUUCCGAGUUCCAGAGUUAUUAUUUUUGCAAUUCUCUUUUAUACUCCCAUUGUGUUCUAGAUAAGACCCUUUAUUUUAACUAAAUUGUCAAAUUUUCAUUCGUCGCCGUGUUAUGUUUUUAGUUAUUUGGAACUGUGCUUAAAUCAAGUGCACCUUUGGGGAGCAAUCCCCAUAAUGC